AUGGUAGAACGCCCUGCUGAAGUGGAGGGCUCUCCAGAAGUACCAACCCCUGCAUCACCUGCUUCAGGACCACCUGCAACUGCCACAGAAGAAACCCCUGCCGAAGCAUCAACCGCACCAGACGAAGACUUCCACAACCCUGAGCACUGGGCCAGUUUGACGGGAGAAAAUGUGCCAGGAGACGAUGAUGCAGAUUCAGCUGUUGGCGACGAUGUUGCAAGCUCAACCGAGUCUAUAUCCUCAAGUAUCCUUCACUACCGGACAAUCAAUGGAAGAACAUAUCACUCUGAGCGAGGGAACGCUGAAUACUGGACGCCGAACGAUGAGCAUCAUAGAGAGUCUAUGGACAUAGGGCAUCAUCUCUUGUCUCUGUCGUUAGAAGGCAAGCUUUACUUGGCGCCAUUAAAAGAUGACAUCCAGACGGUAUUGGAUGUUGGGACAGGAACGGGUGAGUCCUGCGUAUCUGGGCGAUGUAAGACUGUUCAUCUCAUCAUUGGAGGGUGGUUCACUAACUGGUCUAGUGACUUUGCCGAUGAGUAUCCCAACGCCGAGGUGACAGGAACUGAUAUCUCUCCAAUUCAACCUGACUGGAUCCCUCCCAACCUGAAGUUCGAAAUCGAAGAUUGCACUCAAGAAUGGACCUUUCAACCGGGAAUUUUUGAUUAUAUAUAUAUGCGCUACCUCUACGGAAGUAUCAGCGAUUGGAAUGCUCUGUUCAGAGAGGCAUAUAGAGCCUGCAAGCCUGGCGGCUGGGUUGAAAGUUAUGAGGCCUCGCCUAGGAUGGAAAGCGACGACGGCAGUGUAACUGAAGGCUGCGCUAUUAACGAAUGGGGAAAGUUCUUUAUCGAAGGCGGCAGGAAGCUCAAUCGCACUUUUGAGAUUAUAGAUAAGGACCUGCAACAGAAGGGCAUGGAGGAAGCUGGAUUUGUCGAUGUUCAAGUUUGGGAUUUCAAGGCACCUAUUGGAAGCUGGCCAAAGGACCCUCGGCUUAAAGAAAUCGGCCAGUUUGCUGAAGCUGCUCUGGAGCAGGACUACGAGGGAUAUGUCAUGUACAUGGCUAACAUGGUUCUUGGGUGGUCGAGAGACGAUGUUGUGCUUUACUGUGCCCAAUUGAGAAAGGAAGUUCGUUCAGGGAAGUUUCAUCCGUUCUACCGACAGCGCGUUGUAUAUGGUCGGAAGCCGGAGUAG